AUGGGAGAGGCAACUGGUGAUUUAGAUUUACAGUCUGAUGAGUUUAAAGAAUUUUCAAAUUCUGAAGAUAUGAAGCCACUUCUAUCUACAGUAUUUUCAUCUUCUUCUGACAUAAAAACAGAAUUAUCAUUUUUAACUUUCCGUGAUAUCAAACCAAACAUGGCAUUUAUAAAUUCACAGGAUGAUAAAACCGUUGUUACGCCAGAUUUUUCAUCUUCUACAGACACAAAGUCAGAAUGUACAACAUUUUCCUCUUUUGAUGAUGUAAAACACCAUAUGACAUUUCUAACUUCUCAAGAUAAAACAACAGGGUUUUUAAUUUUUAAAGAUAUGGAACCUGCUGUAUCAGCAGUAUGUACAAGAUCUGAAGAUAUAAAACCAGAAUUAGCAAUUUUAUCAACUAGUGAAGAUAUAAAACCAGAAUUAGAAACUUUAUCAACCAACACAGAAUUAGAAAUUUUAUCAACUACUGAAGAUACAAAUCCAGAAUUAGAAAAUACAUCAACUAGUGAAGAUCUAAAACGAGAAUUAGAAACUUUAUCAACCAGCGAAGAUAUAAUACCAGAAUUAGAAACUUUAUCAACCAACAUAAAUAUAAAACCAGAUUUAUGGACAAAAUUUUUAGAUUCAGAGGACAAACAACAAAAUGGACUUGAAGAAAAGCUAAAACUCUCUGAAAACAAAACAUAUCUCUCUGAUGAUUGUCAUGAACAGUUUUUUCCAAGUUCUAACUUGAAUAACCAAGCUGAAGCAGGGGAGAGGCCACUUGAAUGUGAUGCUUGCAAUAAAAUGUUUUCAGAUAGUUCUAGGUUAAUUAAACAUAAAGAAGUUCAUUUAGGGGAUAAGCCAUAUGAAUGUGAUGAUUGUCAUAAAAAGUUUUCUAAUAGUUCUGCUCUAAGCAGCCACAAAAAAAUUCAUUUACUAGUUAGACAUUAUGAAUGUGAUGUUUGUCACAUAAGAAAAGUUCAUACUGGAGAUAAACCACGUGAAUGUGAUGAUUGCCCGAAAUAUUUUUCUGAAAUAAAGACUCCCGACAUAUUGGCUCCCGAUAUAAGGGCUCAAGAUAAGGGCUCCCGACAUGUUGGCUCCCGGCAAUUGGGCUCCCAAAAUAUUGGCUUUUGA